AUGGCCCCGUCCCGCCUGCAGCUCGGCCUCCGCGCCGCCUACUCGGGCCUCAGCUCCGCUGCCGGCUUCUCCAUCUUCCUCGUCUGGACCGUGGUGUACAGACAGCCGGGGACGGCGGCCAUGGGGGGGCUCGCAGGUGCGCUGGCGCUGUGGGUGCUGGUGACGCACGUGAUGUACAUGCAGGAUUACUGGAGGACCUGGCUCAAGGGACUGCGUGGCUUCUUCUUCGUGGGCGUCCUCUUCUCGGCAGUGUCCGUCGCCGCUUUCUGCACCUUCCUUGUGCUGGCCGUCACCAGACACCAGAGCCUCACAGACCCCAACAGCUACUACCUCUCCUGCGUCUGGAGCUUCAUUUCCUUCAAGUGGGCCUUCCUGCUCAGCCUUUAUGCCCACCGCUAUCGGGCUGACUUCGCCGACAUCAGCAUCCUCAGCGAUUUCUGACCCAAGGGGUGAGGCCUCUUGUACCCUGGGGGUCCUCAGGACCUGGACUCAGCCCUUUUGAGACACUGGGCAGGCCUGCCACACCCCCUGGAAACCCUGGAUCUGUGGCAGAAGAAACACAGCAAGAAGACUGCGGUCUCCUAGGAAGCUGUCUUGUCCCCUUUGCGGGACACCUGGGUGCAGUGGAAAGGGGUUCUUCCUGCCAUGUUGCUUCUCAUCGACCUGGCUGGAGGGCAGUUUUAGACCUGUUCAGAUGGAUCUAUUUUCUUAGCACUCAGUGAGGAAUCUUCCUAAGCAGGGCCAGGGCAGUGAGUCAAGGGGUAGGGCAGUGAGCCUUGACCUCUGCCUGGGGGCACUCUCCCUCGGGCCGGGCUGAGAACCUGGGAGGUGGGGUCAGGUAAGGGAUCUCUACGG